GUUUUCGAAAUGUGACUGUUGUUUCUGUCAUGUUCUGUUUACUGACCCGAUACCAGUCUGUCAUUGCUGCAGGCCUGUCACGAAUAACUUCAUCACUGCAGUCGGAAAUAGUGUUUUGCAUGCAGUUAAGAAUACUGAUUAGGUGCAGCACAGCUGCGUACAGCUGUGGGAGCAGUUCAGAUGUCCCAGGUGAUGAGUCGAGCCUCAGCUGCCUUGCUCCAAAGAAACCCACCACUUCCACUGUUCCCUACAACAGUGUGGCAGCAAACCAGACAUGGUAGCUUCUUUAACAAGUUGACGGCUGAAGAGUUAUGGAAAGGUGUGUUGGCGGAGUCUGGUUCCUCGUCCAGGAAGGGCCGAGGGAAGAGAACCAAACGCAAACUGAGGAGAGACCUGAACCUAGGGCAGUACAUCGGAGAAGGGCGUGGUGGUUUCCUGUGGCCUGGUCUGAACAGUCCGGUGAUAAGGGACGGUGCUCUGCAGAGCAUCAGUCAAAGAGGCGAGGCCGAGCAGCAGGAGGUGCAAGCUGAACGAGUGCGUCAGAGGGAUGAAUGGGAGAGGAGGAAGAAGAUGAAGGUGAAGAGGGAGAGAGGGUGGUCGGGGAACUGCUGGGGGGGCAUCAGCCUGGGCCCCCCUGACCCUGGACCCAACGGAGAAACCUAUGAGGACUUCGAUUCACGUGUCAUUGAGGUGAAGAAUGUGUUCAACAUGACGGCCAAGGAGGGCAGAAAGAGGUCCAUCAGGUGUCUGGUCGCUGUGGGAAAUGGCAACGGAGCAGCAGGGUUUGCGUUGGGUAAAGCAGCAGACAGAGCCACAGCUCUGAGGAAGGCCAAGAACAGAGCCAUCCACUACCUGUACUUUAUAGAACGAUGCAACAACCAUACCAUUUAUCAUGACAUUGAAUCCAAGUUUCAGAGGACAACACUCCGCAUGAAGAAACAAAACAAAGGUUAUGGUCUGCACUGCCACAGGGCCGUCAUCACUAUAUGCAAGCUGAUCGGCAUUCAGAACAUGUACUGCAAAGUAGAGGGAUCUGUCAAUCUCCUCAACAUCACCAGGGCCCUCUUUAAGGGAUUAGUCAAUCAGGAAACCCACCAAACAUUGGCCGAUAGGAAGCAGCUACACGUCGUUGAGUUUCAGUCGCAGCGAGGCCUGCUGCCCCUGGUGGUGGCAAGUCCUAAAGCUGGGGUACGGCCCACCCCCGAGCCCGAGGAUGAGUUACUCAACACCCGGCUGCACCUGGAGGACGUGCGAGCCACGCAGGGAACCAAACGCUCAAUCUGGGCAAAUGUCAAACGCACAGUCUGGUAGCGUGGGAAUGGGAUGGGAUCAGACCACAGGACAGAUGUUUGGACUGAGGCCAGGAGUGUCAGAUGGAUAGUCUGACACUGGGAUAUGGUAAUAACCUGUAAAUGUGUGGUUGUCCUGUCAGCCAAGGACUAAAGUUACGUGUUUCUCAACUGAAGACAUCUCAUUUGAAAACAUUCUGCAGAUACACCCAGUAAAAUAUUAACCCCUUAGAUAACAAAGUUUCCUUUGUAACUGUAAAAAAAAAAAAAAACUUCAUUCACAGGGAAAUAUUGCAAAAUACAGUAUCAAAUAAAGUACAGAUGAGUAAUGAAAUCACAUUGU